AUAAAGAAGAAGCAGAGCGAUUCACGGAGCUGCGACUGUGACUCUAAUGCGGCGAUAGGAGGAGACGACAUUUCCCCCAGUUCUCUACUCUGUCCUGUUGGCACCGCUCUCGAACUCUUCGGUGCUCGUCUAUGCGCCCUCUCCCUUUUCUUUUCUGCAUAUAGAGAUAUGUAUAUAUAAGGCAGUUGUUCUGCCGCCGUCUCGACUCCCUCACAAUAUGUCCUAUUAACGCAGUAACAUUAGUCGACUGCCAUAUCCAUGCAUUGGAGUCCCGGGCCCCUGCGCUCCGGCUCCGGCUCCGGCUCCAGCCAUGUCGGCCUGGAAUACAGCGACCAGCGGCUGUGACAGAUCUGGAGGCGACCCGGCAGAAGAAGUGCUGGUUAAAGAACACCAAAGUGGUUCUGUUUCUUUGCCCAGCGCGAUGACCCCGUCCUCAGCUGUUGGCACGACCUCUAGCAUUGAGAUACCCCGGAAGCGCAAGGGCUGCAUGGACAACCAGGAUACAAAAUCUGUUUCAAUGGAUAUGGAUAUGGAAGAUAUGGAAGAUGAGCAAAACGGAUCGGAUGGAGAGGACCGGCAUCUCAAAAUGAAAUGCUUCAGAGAGCCGCAUAGCCAAAUUGAGAAGAGGAGACGGGACAAAAUGAACAAUCUCAUUGACAAACUCUCAGCCAUGAUCCCUUCCUGUAACCCACUGUCCCGUAAAGUAGACAAACUCACUGUGCUCAGAAUGGCAGUGCAGCACCUCAAAUCUCUCAAAGGUUCAUCAAGUUCUUUUUCUGAAGCCAGCUACAAGCCGUCAUUUCUUCCCAACGAGGAGCUCAAACACCUCGUCCUCAAGGCUGCAGAUGGGUUCCUGUUUGUAGUGGGCUGUGAUCGUGGGAAAAUAGUUUUUGUCUCAGAGUCCGUCACGAAGAUAUUAAAUUAUAGUCGGGUGGAGCUGAUUGGACAGAGCCUGUUUGAUUACAUUCAUCCAAAGGACAUGGAAAAAGUGAAGGAGCAGCUGUCAGCUUCUGAAUUAUACCCUCGUGAACGCCUGAUAGAUGCUAAAACGGGCCUGCAGGUCCAGGCUGACCUCCCGGUCAGUGCAGCACGGCUGUGUUCAGGUGCACGCCGCUCAUUCUUCUGCCGCAUGAAGUACAACAAAAUUUCGGUCAAAGUGGAGGAGAAGGAAUUCCAAGCAUGCACCUCCAAAAAGAAAGAGUCGCAGAAGUACUGCACGGUCCACUGCACAGGCUACAUGCGCAGCUGGCCUACCAGUCAGUUGGGAGCAGAGGGGGAGGAGGCAGACAAGCAGGAGAGCGCCCACUUCAGCUGCCUGGUGGCGGUGGGACGCGUCCACUCCCACUCAUCGCCACAGGUUAAUGGAGAAGUCCACGUUAAACCCACAGAGUUCUUCACACGUUGUGCCAUGGAUGGCAAAUUCACCUUUGUCGAUCAAAGAGCCACAAUCAUUCUUGGUUAUCUUCCUCAAGAAAUGCUUGGGACAUCAUGCUAUGAGUACUUCCAUCAAGAUGAUUUACCGCAUUUAGCUGAAAGGCAUCGAAAAGUGCUGCGGAGCAAAGACAAAAUAGAAACAAACUGCUAUAAGUUCAAAACUAAAUAUGGCUCUUUUGUCACUCUUCAAAGUCAAUGGUUUAGUUUUGUAAAUCCCUGGACCAAAGAAGUAGAAUACAUAGUUUCAACUAACACGGUUAUAACAUGCGAUCACAGUCCAACCAGUCGAUCCGGAAACAAGUUUGAACUGUCGAGCAAUUACAAGACUUCUGACGAAGAUGGCAAGAAGUCUCUUCCAGUUAUACCAGGCAUCUCCACCACACCUGGAGCAAUGAUUUAUGCUGGAAGCAUUGGGACCCAGAUUGCCAAUGAACUGCUGGAUUACAACAGGAUGAACUCCUCUCCUUCCAGUGGGAGCGUCAGCCCGUUCAGUCUACCACCCGAUAAGUGUCCGCAAACUCCCAAUCAAAUCAGCAACAAUGUGCCAAAUGGAGAGGCAACCGAUAUGGGGAUUCCAGGAAAGUUCAGCUCAGAGGAUGAGCCCCAGGGAGCUGCAUUCUCUGGGGCAGAAUCACUCAUGGAAGAGAACUCCCAGCUGGAUUUGGACAGCGUGGUCGGACCGGGCCUUAGUAGCCUGAGCAAUGACGAAGCAGCCAUGGCAGUGUUCAUGAGCCUCCUGGAGACGAACACAAAUGCGGGCGAGGCUGUGGACUUCGAAGAGAUGCACUGGUCUUUAUAGAAUCUGCUCUUACCGUGUGACGCUGUAGCCCUGCAAAAAACACUUCAAUGCUUUUCUCCAAGACAGCAUUCCUUUUUUGUCGAUGGACUUUUUCAUUGACUGGUAACCUCUUCGUGUGGCUGCUCUAACAGGGAGUGACAACAAGAGACACCUUGUUGUUGGAAGGAGGAUGUGCCUCUAAAGCCUUCCAGCGGUUGGCCUGCCCUGAAACGCUGUUCUUCACUGCUCUCCUCUCAUUUACUGCCAUCCUCGGUUUAACUAAGGGAGAAGAACCCAUGAACACAAAUGACAGUGGCAUGAUGAUGGACAUCAUGAUGGCUCGGGACUCUCUCCUCCACCUACAAUUAAACGGGUUUGGAGUGAUGAUGCAAAAAUAAUAAUAAUUGCACUGAAUUGAUUUAAUGUUUUUUUUAAAAGUUGUAUUUUGAUUAUACUAGAUGUUUAAGUCAAAUGUAAAGAAGACACCUGGCCCAUCUGUGUUACCCCUCAGGAUCCAAGCCGUUGAUAGCCAGUGUCGACCACAGCAGACCACACUUCCAUAACCUCUAGCUUUGAGUCACCGAAUGAUGUGCCGCUCAGAGAUUUCCUCUUGUCAGUAUCUGAACAUUCUCCGUGAAAACAAUCCAGCAACCUCCUAUCUCAUACACUGACUUGAAAAAACUGUAAUUGUGGAGUUGGUAUGAUUACAAACACCAUGUCUUCAAACUACAUCUGUCUGAAAGGGAUAGUUUGUGUGGAAAGAAUAUUUUAGUAUGUACCCUUGUAUAGUCAAUGUUGGCUGCCCUUUAUUGGAGCUCUAAACAUGACAUGUUUAUUGUCAGAGAUAAUCCACCUACAUGUAUUUGUCAGAGAGCAGCCAGUUUUGAUGGUUGAGCAUUCAUGAAUCAAUAUGGCUUUCUGAGCACUACAGUACUCCUUCAUGUAAAGUGAAGGUGGAGGUGCUGAAAUGGCGCUGAAAUUUGGCAUCAAACCCCCUUUCACAAUUGUGACAUUUUAUCAAUACAUGUUUAAGGUUGAUCGCUGAGUCUGAUGGUAGAAGUGUUAACUCAGGAAAUGAUGGAAACAGAGCCUCCCCAUUUAAAUGUAGAAUGACACAGUUCUGAGUAACUAUAGCAGUAUUUUAAAGUUUUACAUACUUCCCUCAAACUAUAUAUUGAUAAAGAGUAUGUACUUGUGCGUCUGUGUUCUUACACUUAUUGUCAGCUUUAUAAUCUUGCAGGUAAGCCAUAACUUUAACCUUUCUUUUGUUCAUACUACGCACUGACGAUUUUAAAAAGACACGGUCAUUUUUAUUUGCUAUUUUGUCCCGCAUACAUAUUGUAAAGGGAUUGUGUUAUGCUGAGCUUGCAUUCCUUAAAUUCAAAAUGUUUAGGUAUGUUCCGCUCUUAACUCAAUGUAAUUGUCCCUCCUUUAUCAUGCAUGACUCAAGAGCUCUCGAAGGGAGAUGAUUAUACAGCGCCUUGAAAUAUCACAUUUGGUGAGAACUUGGAUGAGUCACUGAGUUGUGUGGAUCUCUUUUGUAAUUUACCUCAUGCAGAAUUUUCUUUUUGCUCAUUUUUAUAAUUGCAAAUCUUGGAUUUUUACUAACACAACAUUGACAGUCAUGUCAUAAUUAAUACAUAGUGACACUUUCUUGAAAAUCAUGUUGUAGCCAGAAGGCUUUAUUGGUGAAUAUAAGGUAGAAAUGUAGAAUUACCCAAGUAUGUCAAAUUAUUGUCUGGUCAGCCUUGCUGCUGCCAAAUAAUACAAACAUUAUAUACAUAGCUUCAGUUCAAGAACAUUAUUGUUUUGGCUUGUUUAAAAUUAUUUGAUUAUGGGCUUGUUUGAUACCUGUUUGACUGUUUGUUACAUUUAUCACCUUUUGUUUACCUGCAUGAUUUUGAGUUGUGUACACUCCUGGAGUCUCAUUGGGAGUGCACUGAAAAAACCGGGAGCACAUGUAAUGUUAAGAUUUUGAAAAGAAGUUGUUAGACCACAUGUAUGUGUCUUGCCCUGUCAUCUGCACCUAAACCAGUCAAAUAAUCUGUCAAAAUAACCGACGUUGUAUUGCUACCAAAAUAUACAAUACAUGGAACUCUGUAGCUUUUAUGCCAUCAUUCAUAUUGGUGCCUGUGUCCGAAGUGCCUUUGGAUAUGUCUGCUCGGACACUCGAUAAACCCGUGUUGCUUAUGGAGACCUCCUCAAGCCUGGCAACCUGCGCAGACUGAAAGGAGGGCCAAAAUGUAUCAUUGGAUUGACUUGACGCAUACUGUGCACGUCAUGAAUGAAGGGGAAGCCUGUUCACAGAUAAAAGAGGAACUGUCGUACAUGUCAGCACUCACUCACAACCUAACCAAACAAGCAGAGCUACGGAGUCAUGCCACAGACACAGGCGGGUCUUUUUAAAGGCAACAAGACCAUUUUGUAUUGUUAUGUUUCCCCUGUUCUUCUUGCUCAAUCAUUGUACUCUUGUAGCUGUAGUUUCCCCCUGAAAUCUUAAACAUUGCUUCAACUUCAGCGUAAUUAUUGGUGACUGAGUGAUAAACCUUACUGAGACGUCACAUAUUUUUCCCUUGUGUCUCUGUUUGUAAUACAACAGAAGAGUUUUUAAGAACGGGAAAGUUAUGUUUUGAUUUGAUGCCCGGCUUUCUUACUAGUUGCAUGACACUUUUGAAAAAUGUAUUAUUAAUUGCAUCACCUGGAAAGUUGAAACAGACUGAUGACACACAGUAAGAAGGACAUUAAUCUUGUAUUGGGCUGUUGGCAGCAUGUUACUGCCUCCAGUGUACCACCUAUUGCCACUCUAUAAGUUCAUUCUUGUUUAAUUGUUGUGCCCCAGAGAAAGCUCUACUGCAUAAUGUAUAUUGCUGCUAUUCUAUCAACAUGUCUGGACUUUCUUGUUAUCAUGUUGCUAAUAAAUAUUAGUUUACCAAACCAUCAA